UGAAAUGACGUUUGUUUUUCCACAAGUUAAUAAAUAAUAGUAUCGUAAUUACAUUAAUUAUUGACUUAUUUUAGUUUACGAAGUAUCUUAAAACAACUUCUUAAUUCUUAUAAUAUUAUAGUUAUUUUAGGAUGCUGAAUGGUUAUUUACAUUGUUAUAGGAAAGUUAAUAAUUCUUAAAACUACACAAUUAAAACUUUAUAAGCAGAGACGAAAAAUUUAAAAAUUGAUAUCAUGGAAAAUAGUUUAUUGGAAGCAAUUAAGUCUGGCAAUAUGGGAUGCCAUUCAGAGUUGACGAUCAUACCUAUAUCACAAAGUUCAAAAUCCAACAGUCAAUAUGCAGUUUCUUCUACUUCCCCGCAAAGUACAGUAUCAUUAUCACUAGUACCAAAUACUAGCGGUGGUAAAUCAAAAAAUAAACACUCAUUGCCCUCAAAUGCACAAGGAGGUGCACCUCGCAAGCGUGGAAAAUCUAGUAUGCCUCAAUUAAACCACAUGGUCAAUGAUAUGAACAAUUACAAUCCACUCUUAGACCUGACAAUGAAUCGCAAACAUCAUAACUAUCCUAAUUAUAGUGCUCAAUACGAACAACAAUGGCCAUUUAAUUUGCCGUUUAACUAUCCUGAAUUAUUAAUGAAUUUUAGUCAAGUUAAUAAAAGAAAAUCAUAUGCAUAUGAACAACCUAAAGAAAAGACUGCAGUGAAUUACAAUAAAGAAAACACACAAAACAAAACUAAACAUUAUAAGCAUGAACAUAUGCCUCCACCAUCUACUACUGCAGACCGGAUAUCUGGUCAAUUAGAAAAUGUUGAAAAAACAUUUGAUAUUGAUUCUUUAAGUAGUGAAGAUGGCUGGGCUAAAUAUAGAGAGUUAUUAACAGUUAUUGAAGAAAUGUCUGGGUCGAUACGACCAAUUUAUACAGGUUGUAAGAACUCUACUGAAAGGUUGAAAAAAUCAAUUCAUAAAGCUAAAGCAUUAGUAAGCGAAUGUUUAAAAGAAGUUGAAAAAGUAUCUAGACAACUUUAAAUAUCAUACAUUUUACAGAGAAAUACUAUAAUUAGUAAUCAAAUAACUUAAAACAAUUAUUGAUUUUUUUCUUUUUAUUUGAAGACAGUAGAAAUUAAACUAAUUAUUUAUAAAAUCACUGUAAUAGAUCAAAGAGAUUAUACCUAACACUUACAUAUUUUUAGUACCAAUGGUUAUAGAUAACAAAAUAUAAAUAAGUAUAAUUUAAAUAAUAUGUUUUUACUUCAUAGGAAUUUAGUUUUUUAUUUUUGAAACUAAAAUGAACGUAUAUUCUUUUAAUGUAUUUAGAAUAUUUUAUGUAGCAAUAAUUUUACAAAAAUUGAAAUUUCAAAGUUUUUCUAAAUAUCAAUGUGUUUUCUUGCAAGUGUAUGUAAAAAACAAUUUUAUUAAUCAAGAUCUUAUUAAUUUAAUGACUGACAGUAGUAUAAUUAAGGGGUAGUAUUACUAGUAUUUUUCAUAUAUAUAUAAAAAAAUAUGUUUUCAACAUAAUGGUAACAAAGUGAUAAUGAUAUUUUCUGAGGCCUUUAAAUUUAAAAUCGCAUUUUAUUCUACCAGGGUAUCUGUUCAAUUUUCAUUAUUUUUUGUUAGACUAUUUAUGCUUAAGAAUCAAAUGUUAUACAAAUAUUUUUAAGAUUUUAGUUAUUACAUUUAUUUGUAUUAUUUUUUUAAACUUUUAUGUAUAUUAUACAAAAUAUUUUAUUUAACUGUACAAAGUUUAUACUAAACGGGUAUUAAAUUAAUUAUUUUGUAAUGAUCAGGCACUAUUUUAAAUCAUAUUUUUAGAUACACAAUCUGUAUUUGAUCAUUUUUUAAUUUAAUUUUGGGUAGGUUUAUUAUAUUAGCUAAUGUUUAUGGGAUGAAUCAUAGAUUGUUUCGUUUUAUCAGUAAAAAAAUGAUAAUAUAUUUUUACAACUAUGAAAUUAAGUAUAGUAAUAAUACAUAUAUAAAUAUUAUAUUUUAAAAACUUUCUCGUAUACAAUUUAUAACGUAAAUUACAAUAUAAUAUAAUUCAUCAAUCAAUUUGAAAUGUAAUUUUUUAGUGUGGUAAAUGCCUUUUAGCAUAAUAUGAAUGUUUGAAAAUAGUAUUUAUAGUUAAUUUAGAUACCUAACAGGGUUUACCAUGCUUUAAUUUUUAACGAAAUGUCAAAAAGGCACUAUUGAAUUAAAACAUAAUUAAUUAAUUUUAUAAAUGUUCUAUAAUUUGUUGUUUCUUUGUUGUAUAAGAAAUUUUAGUAAAUAAUAUUUAUAAUUAUUUAUUCCGUGUAAAACCAAAAAAAAGAGUAACUAUUGUACAAAAUUA